AAAAGAAGCCAAAACACUGUGGCUGCGUGUUGUUUGUUUGGAACUGUUGGAGGUGCUUUAGAGUGGUGGCCCUGAGGUUUUCUCAGCAGAAAAAUGGGGUUCCUAAAGCAUCUGCUGCUAUCCCCCCACCCCACAGAGAAUCCAGCAGGAAUGGGGCCAAGGGAUGUGUUCUCCUGAGGGUGAAUCACAGCUAUCAGCCUUCCCAUGUGAUGAUGAAAGGGAGGAAUGGCAGGUGACAGCGACACCUACAUCCCUAGGAGAGCCCGGAGGUUCACGAAGGACAGCAAUGCACUGGGCACAGUGUGUUUAAUGGUGAGUCCAUGCCAGCUCCUGGGAGCAUUCUGUCCUGCAGCAAGCAGUGUGCUCCCCAUGUGGGUGCUAGUGCCAUGGGGUUUUUUUCUGCCCCAGCUGGGGGUGGGCAACAGGGAUCUGGCAGACACGGGGCGGUUUGUUUUUCCUUCAUCUUGUUUCAAAAUUCCCCCUGCUGUGGUUCUUGCGAAACAGCAAACCACACAGAUACUGCCUGGCCAGUGGCCUCCUGCCCUGGGAAAUUUGCCGGCUGAGGGUGCACCCCUCCCAGAGCCUCCAUUCCCUUUCCCCGGCCUUGGAACAUCAAAUGUUUACUAUUAAAAUUUCCCGACUUUCAUCUCCUUUCCCACGUGCAACCCAAUAUACAGCCACUCAAUCUUAUGGGUGCUGUUACAGAACUAAUACUCAGGUUUUGGGGGCUGGCAAACUGGGGCAUGCGAGGGACUGUGUACUUACAGAGAUGGCUGGAGAUGUGGUGCGGGACCGAGGGCAGCUGCAGUCCUACAGGAAGAGGCUCGUCAGGGCUGGGGAUCAGGGACUGCGAAUGGUUCACCUCGGCUUUGCAAAAUCCAUCCACAAAUCUCAGCCUGGAGGCUUAUUGCAGAUCAGAAUUAAACCCUUUCGGUGUCAGGAAGGAUUGAGGAGCUGGGAUGCCUUGUUUUGCUUGUUUUCUAUUAAUUAUCAGGGUAGGUGGUUGCCUAAGUGGCUUGGGAUACCAGGCUAGGGCGGGGGCAGUGGUGUGUGGAGGAAAGGCGGUGAGAAGAGAUGGGGUGGAGUGAAGGGAGCAGAGCCAAGGAUGGAAACUGGCUGCAGAGAUGAAGCCAAAUUCCUCCCUUGCCUUCCAUCUGCGCUGGCUCCAGGGGCCCUUUGCUGUCAGUGGUGAUGCCCAGCUGGCAGGGGCGCAGAGGGGACUUUUCUCCUGUGGGGUUCAACAGCCCCUGAGACCUGUUUUGGCCAGGGCUAGAAGAGAGUGGCUGGAGAUUGAGCUGGGCAUAGGGCAAUGCAGUGUGCAAGUUACCAAGGUGUCCCACAGCACACCAGUACCACAAGAGAUGGACAACCCAGCAUUUCCAUCUUCUACGCUGAAUCCCGUCCCUGCCAAGCUGUGUGCUGGGAUCACAGGGCAGCAAAAGACCAGCAGGUUGAACUCUCCAGCCUUGCUUGUCCUCUGCAGGGUUUGUUAUUGUAAGACUCCUGGCCCAAAUGAGGAGCAAAUGGGGACGGUAAUGAGGGCUGUUGCUCGUGCCAUGCCCCCUCCCGUUCCCCGGCUGCUGCAGAUGGACUGGGGCAGGGAGGGCCCCUGGUGACAAAUUGUGCUCAGAGCCAAGCUGAUCCUGGCCAAUGUUUGGACACUGCUGGCAGAGCUACAGCAGGGACCAUUUGCUAUUUUCUUUCCUUGUCUCAAACUGAAACUCUCCCAGGAUUGGGGGGUGACCUGCCUGCAAGUGGCACCUCGCAUCAAGUGCCCAGUCAGGAGCAGCACGAGGGGUGGGAUGCAUACAGGUAUGACCCUUGCAUCCUCCUACUGAGAAUCCUUCCUGCACCUCCUGAUACUGUCUGCAUCCCAGAGAGCCUAGGGAGAUCACUGGCAAACACUGCAGCAGUAAAUUAUGGAAUCAUAGAAUUAUUUGAGCUGGAAAAGACCUUCAAAGACCAUCUAAUCCAAUUGCUCUGCUGUGGGCAUGGACAUCGCUUUAGCAGAUCAUACUGAACCAUUCUGCUGGGAGGGGACAGCCAGUUCUGAGUUGUGCCACUGCUUUUGGUUGCCAGCUCCGUGCUGCAGCUGUGCCCAGCCCUGCAAGGCUAAAGCUUGGGGAGAAGCUGCCUUGUGUCUGUGUCCCACUCACCUUGGGGCUGGUCCUGCAACCAGCCUUGGGGAUAUGACAGCCAUUAUACAUUAUACAUUAUAUGCAGCACCUCUUUGCUGUAGGAAUAAAACCUGGGACCGCCCUGGAGGACCUGAGCAGGAACCUGUGUGCCUGAGCAGGACCGCUGCAAUCCCCUGGCACCUAUCUUCACCCCUAUCCUCUCUUGAGCAUCCUUUCUCUCACCUUCUGGUUGGUCUGUGCUUGCUUCUGCUGCAGCCCAUCACACUGUCACCAUCAUGCCAUCCUCAUCCCCUGCCCGUCGUGAUGCCCCAGCACUCCUGAUCAAUUCCCCAAAUCUCCUCUCCCUUAUGCAAAUGGCUACUAAGAACACUUAAUCAUCCUUGUUAAUUGUCUUUGCCCUACCCUGUUUCCCCCCACACCCCCCUGAGCCCUCCUGGGGACUUUCUCACAAAUGGUGUCUAACUUUUCCCUUCUGUGUUUUGCUUUUCCACAACACCCUGCUUCCAGUCCCCCCCAGCCCUCUGUUUACACAACUGGGACAAAUUUCACACCCUGGGGACUGCUACCCCUGAGCCCCCAGUCCAACACUCUCCUGCCACAAAGAAUUUGUGAGUCACUGGUGAGGGCAGAGCUAUAUAUAAAGCUAUCCUCACAAAGGACCUCCAGCCUUGGAGGGGACACCGUUGCCACCAUGGAAGCUGCUGCCUGUUGCCUGCCUCUCCACCGGCUCCCGUUGCCCAUAGCUGGUGCUUGCCCAGCCCCGGGGCUGCAGCAGAGGGGAAGGUACUUUGGGUGCAGAAUGGGUGGGGGGGGCUGGAGCAGGCAGCAAUGGCUAUGUGGGAAGGCUCCAGGUGAGUUUGGGUGAAGGCCAUGUGCUCCUGGUUUAGGUGCAGACUCCCACAAUCCCAGCACUGAAGGUGCAGAGCCUAGGAUCUGGGAGCUCCUGCAGGGAAGGGACCACAAGUGGGGUGGUGGAUAUGCCUGGCACCAGGGCAGGGGUUGUGGAUGUACUGGCAAAACUGGAGUGUGUGGCUGGGGUGUGGGUGAGCAAGGCAAGCGGGGAGGAAAAUGCAGGGUGCCCACUGUGCUCAUCUUUCUGUCCUCCCCAAGACCCAAGCCACUCUGGAGACCAUGGCUGCCCCAGGAGGAAUUCAUGACCAGGCAGCAGAGGGAACAGAUGGACACUGCUCAUCCCCUCGAUGCUGCAGGAGACCACAGCACUGACAAAGCGCUAGCACUGUUCCGCCAUCCGGUCAGGCUCCUGUGGCCCAAAUCCAGGUGCUUUGACUAUCUGUACAGUGUGGCGGAGAAGCUGCUGGAGAACUUCCCGGUGCAGGCCACGCUGUGCCUCUACGAUGAUUCAGACAGCGAGGGGGAUGAGACCGAAGAUGACGAUGAAGAUGGCGAUGAAGGGAACGAAGGAGAGGUCGGAGGCGCUGUGCCCGCGCUAGGGGCAGGCUCCCCGCGGCCGGCCUGAACGCAGCACACGUGGCACGGGGAUGGAGGAUGACUGAGGCGUAGGGCAGCGCGGGGCCUUAGUGCCGCGGGGGCAGCGUGAGCCGGGUCCGGCCGCUCGAGCAGCCGUGACGCUGAGCGCGGUGCAGAGCCCAGCCCCAUGAAGCGGCACAGGGCCCAGCGGCGCCGGCAGUCAG